AUGGUGUUCGCACCGUUUAGACCACGUUCCUCCACCGAGAAAUCAGAGACAGUUAAAGUAGUCAUUCGUUGUCGUCCAUUAUCCGCUUCUGAAAUAUCUAAUGGUCAUCAAAGUAUUGUUGAUAUUCAAACAAACCGUGGUGUAAUUGAAUUACACAACCCAAAAGAAUCAAACGAACCUUCAAAAGUAUUCACAUUUGAUUCAGUUUAUGAUCCACAGUCUAAACAGCUCGAUCUUUAUGACGAAACAUUUCGCCAUCUUGUCGAUUCUGUACUUGAAGGAUUCAAUGGAACGAUUUUUGCAUAUGGUCAGACAGGAACGGGAAAAACAUUUACAAUGGAGGGUGUUCCUGAGGAUCCUGAAUUACGUGGCGUCAUACCGAACGCAUACCAUCAUAUUUUCCAGCAUAUAGCGCAGUCACGGAAUCAGCAAUACCUCGUGCGAGCAAGCUAUUUAGAAAUUUAUCAGGAAGAAAUUCGUGACUUAUUGAGCAGAGAUCCGAAAAUACGUUUAGAAUUACGGGAGCGUCCGGAUGUUGGUGUUUAUGUAAAAGAUCUUUCAUCAUUUGUAACAAAAUCUGUGGAAGAAAUUGAACAUGUUAUGGCUGUUGGCCAUGCAAAUCGUACGGUCGGGAGAACAAACAUGAACGAACAUAGUAGCCGUUCACAUGCAAUUUUCAUAGUAACUGUUGAAUGCAGUGAAUCUGGUUUGGAUGGUCAGAAUCACAUAAGAGUUGGGCGAUUAAAUCUUGUAGACUUGGCAGGCAGUGAGCGUCAGUCAAAAACGGGAUCGCAUGGCAAGCGCUUCAAGGAAGCAACAAAAAUCAACUUGUCUCUUUCUGCUCUUGGCAAUGUCAUAUCAGCACUGAUUGAUGGAAAAAGUACUCAUGUGCCAUACAGAGAUUCGAAACUAACACGUUUGUUGCAAGAUUCAUUAGGUGGUAAUUCGCGAACUGUGAUGGUUGCUAAUAUUGGGCCGGCAUCAUACAAUUACGAGGAAACUUUGUCAACCUUGAGAUAUGCAAAUCGUGCUAAAAAAAUCAAUAAUCAGCCGAGGAUUAACGAAGAUCCCAAAGAUGCACUUCUUCGCGAAUUUCAGGAUGAGAUUGCAAGGCUUCGAGAAAUUUUGGAAAAACGCGUUGUUAAAAAGGAAAAGAAGGUAUAUGUGGGCAGAAAGAACAAAAGUGAUGAUGAAGUUGUUCCAAGUGAAGAAUAUCUUAAUGAACAACAGAGGCGUUUGGAAGAUGAAAGACAAUCAAUUAUCUCUAAUUCGAACAUUAUUGCAGAGGAAAAGCGCAAAAUACUUGCUGAUCUGGAAGAAAGGGCUGAACAAUUGGAAAGGGAGCGUGAAGCACAAAUUGCUGUAGCUGCGAAGAUUCGAGCCAUGCAAAGUAAACUUCUUUCUGGUGAUGGCAGUUUAUUGGAUAAAACUCGUGAACAGCAAAAAUUGUUGGAACAGCGGAGAAGACAAUUAGCUGAACAAAAGAGGAAGGAACGCGAAAUUUUGCAACAGUUGGAAGCACAGGAAGAUAAUACAGCAGAAAUACAUGAAACAUUCAGCAAUUUGAGGCAAGAAGUUGAAAUAAAAACAAGGAAGCUGAAAAAGUUAUACUCCAAGCUUCAGCAGGUUCGUUCGGAAAUCAGUGACGCCUCGGCAAGUCAUUCACAGGAAAGGCAAGACUUGGAAAACUCGGUUACGGAAAUUAAUAAAGAAUUAAAACUCAAGUUGCUGAUUGUGGAAAAUUUUGUGCCACAAGAUGUUCGUGAUCAUUUACGCGAGCGAGCAUAUUGGGAUGAAGAUGAGGAUACUUGGAAACUUUUGAAAGUUGGACAAAAUCGCCCCAAAAGCACCAUAUCCGAUGACUUAUGUCGUUCAGGUGGUACUGAUUCCGGGUUAGGCGUCAGUGAUGUCUCGACUAACGUUGAUUCUGUUGCUCAAGAUCUUCUUAACAAUCGACCGGUAUCAAUACCUGGCAUGAAACGACCUAUAUGUAACUAUGAGCGAAUGUGUUUGACAAGAUUACGACAACAAUUGAACACACAAUCAAAAUGUGAUCAGUUAAGAUCCACAAGUUUUCCAGACGAAACUGGCGCUAUAAUCUUGGAAGAAGUUCUGCGAUUUUGUGGUGAAAAUGUAUUAACGUUCACCUCACUGGAAAAACUAGAAAGGCGAACAAAAUUAUUUGAAACUUCAGAAGUCGAAGCUGAUUUACAGAAAUUUCAGAACACUGUCAAUCUUCCACUCUGUGACGAAGAGCAGGAACAAAAUUUUAUUGUUGAUAUUUCAAAAAUUCCAGUGCUUCGAGAUUCAAAUCAAACCGGCCGAUUUCCUAUUUCAAAUUGGUCGAUGUCUAGAAAUUCCUCACUGUCUAGACUUUCAUCAGGACAUUCAAAAAAUGUACGAGCCCGCAGCGCGCUUGGAAGAGUGAUAACAACUUCCAAUGGGGGCACACUCGUUUAUCCCAAAGCUCGAAGUUUGGUAAAAGGAAAAGCCAAUCAACCGUAG